AUGGCACCCGACAACCGUGUUCGAACUCUCGACGAUAGGGUUGAUCAAACCCAAUCUGAAAUCGACAACCUCAAGAGUCAGAUGAACAAACAAUUCCUGGAGAUCACAUGCAAGCUCGAUGCGAUCUUCGACAACUACAGAGAACAUCAACCUUCAACCGCUUCUUCUGGUAGCAACCACAACCUGGGUCCCAAGGAUUUUCCGGCAACAAAGAACCUGCGUCUCAAGGUUUCGAAGUUUGAUGGUUCUUCAGACCCACAAGAUUGGAUUUAUCAGAUAAGUCAAUUUUUUGAAUACUAUGACAUUGUUGAUGAGCAACGACUGAAGAUAGCCUCAUUCUAUUUUUCGGGGAAAGCUUUAGCUUGGUAUCGUUGGUUGAACAAGAACACAACCAUAGGAUCGUGGGAAGGAUUUCUACAAUCUCUUCAAGUGCGUUUUGGACCUUCUGAGCUUGAAGACUAUCAAGGGAAAUUGGCUAAGCUAAUGCAACUGGGUUCUUCCAUGGAGUAUCAAGCCGAAUCCGAAUCUCUGUCCAACAAGGUAAAUGGGUUACCUGAAUCCUUCUUAUUGAGUUGCUUUAUCUCAGGCUUAAAACCUCAAAUUCAGUAUGAGGUUUCCUCUUUUGAUCCCCUUACCCUAACCAAAGCCAUAGCUCUAGCCAAGAUUCAGGAGCUUAAGCUCCAAACCAAACACACUUAUCCUAAAAUUCACUCUCCUUACCCCCCUUUAUUACCUACACCAAACACUCAGACUAAACAAUUCAAACCAAUACCCAGUGGUGACACCACUAUUUCCACCAAAAGUCCUCUUAAUCGUUUGACCCAGAGUGAAAUCCAAGAGAGGAGAGACAAGAAACUGUGUUUCUAUUGUGGUGAUAAAUGCUUCAUGGGCCAUAAAUGCAAAGCCUCUGUUCAUGUUUUAAUUGUUCCGGAUGAUGAGCAACUUGACCUUGAGGAUAUUGACUCUAUGAACACACCACAAGAAACCACAGAUGAACCUGACCCUACACCUCAGAUCAGCCUCCAUGCCUUAUCUGGCUUUAGUGUACCUCAAACUCUUCGCUUCAAUUGCCACAUUGGCAAGUCUGAAUUAUCCUUAUUGGCUGAUGGGGGAAGCACCCACAAUUUUCUCCAACCAAGAGUGGUUUCUACCCUUCGUUUACCACUGGUGACUGACAAGCAGUUUGAUGUCAUGGUGGGAAAUGGACAAACAAUGAAGUGUGAGGGAUUUUGUCCAGUUGUUCCAGUUCAGAUUCAAAAGCAUGUUUUUCUGGUUGAUUUUUAUAUCUUGCCUAUUCAAGGAGCAGAUAUGGUGUUAGGAGUUCAAUGGUUGCAGAUUUUAGGACCUAUAGUGUUGGAUUACACUCACCUUACAAUGCAAUUUUCUUGGCAAGGAGAGACAAUUAAAUUGCAAGGUGAUAAACACACUAGUCCUAUUUCUUUGAACCAAUUCAGAAAAAUCCAACAUACAGGCCAGAUUGCAUCACUCUACCAACUCACUUUGUUGAGUUCUAGUUCUCCUCGAGAAGAGCCAGCUAUUGCUCCUCCUGUCCAGAACUUGCUAGAAGAGUUUAACACCAUAUUCCAAGAGCCACAUGAGUUACCUCCUCAUAGGCAAUUGGAUCAUGAAAUCCAUUUAGAGCCUAACUCAGCUCCGGUCAAUGUUAGACCGUAUAGAUAUCCUCAUUUCCAAAAGGGAGAAAUAGAAAGGCAGGUUCAACAAUUGCUUGAAUCUGGGUUCAUUAGGAACAGUACCAGCCCAUUUUCAUCUCCAGUUUUGCUGGUUAAGAAGAAGGAUGGUACAUGGAGGUUUUGCAUCGAUUAUAGAGCUCUCAAUAAUAUCACAACCUGUGACAGAUUUCCCAUACCCACUGCAGAUGAGUUAAUGGAUGAACUAGGUGGUUCUCAGAUAUUUUCUAAGUUGGAUUUGAGGGCAGGAUACCACCAGCUGCGAGUACACCCGGCUGACAUACAGAAGACAACUUUUAGGACUCAUCAAGGUCAUUAUGAGUUCCUUGUGAUGCCAUUUGGGUUGACCAACGCACCUGCCACCUUCCAAGCUACUAUGAACUUACUUCUCCAACCUUUUCUUUGUAAGUUUGUCGCUGUAUUUUUUGAUGAUAUUUUAAUUUACAGCUCUUCAUUAGAACAGCAUUUAGAGCAUUUGAAAUUGGUGCUGACUUGUUUGAAAGAAAAUCAGUUUUUGGUGAAAAGGAGUAAGUGUGCAUUUGCCCAAACAGAGGUUGAAUAUUUAGGCCAUGUAGUGUCAGUGCAAGGAGUUAGUAUGGAUUCUAACAAGGUACAAGCUAUGGUAGAUUGGCCACCUCCAAAAAAUAUUAAACAGCUCAGAGGAUUUUUGGGUCUAACCGGGUAUUAUAGGCGUUUUGUGUGCAACUAUGCAUCAAUAGCUGCCCCAUUAACAGACUUACUGAAGACUGACUCUUUUGUUUGGUCCAAUAAAGCUCAUACAACUUUUAUUAGUCUCAAAACAGCCAUGACUUCUGCCCCUGUCUUGAGUUUACCGAAUUUUUCUAUGGAGUUUAUAGUAGAAACUGAUGCUUCAGAUUUGGGAAUUGGGGCCGUCCUUCUCCAAAGUGAACAUCUCAUUGCCUAUUUCAGCAAGAAGUUAUCAUUGAGAAUGCAAAAGAGCUCAGCCUAUGUGAGGGAGCUGUAUGCCAUCACUGAAUCUGUCAAGAAAUGGAGGCAUUAUCUCUUGGGGAGGAGAUUCACUAUGAGGACAGAUCAAAAGAGCUUAAGGAGCUUGCUGGAUCAGGUUAUUCAGACACCUGAAUAG